GCCGAUGUGGUAUGUUCACGCUGCACCGGUUUCCUGCAUCACCUGAUUUGCGGCGUCAAUGGAUAGCUGCUGUGAACCGGAAAGAUUUUACAGUGUCCUCGUGGUCGCGAGUUUGCUCACGACAUUUCGUUGGCGGAAGAAAGACUGACGAGAACGCUGUGCCCGCGCUGCAUUUGGGCUACGACAGAAAAGUGGUUUUGGGAUGGCGUCGUCUGGUGAGGCACGAAUACAUCCCGCCAGCUAAGAAGGCGAAGUGCAUGCCCAGCGACGAGAGCACAAGAACUUCUGACGAUCGGCCCUUAGAUUCUGGCUUCGAAGCCUGCGCACAUAAGGAGCCAUCUGAGGGAGCACAGGCAGACAGCGAAUGCUUUGAGGACACAGACGCUUCCACUGAGCCAUCUGAGGGAGCACAAGCAGACAGCGAAUGCUUUGAGGACACAGACGCUUCUACUGAGCCAUCUGAGGGAGCACAAGCAGACAGCGAAUGUUUUGAGGACACAGACGCUUCUACUGAGCCAUCUGAGGGAGCACAAGCAGACAGCGAAUGGUUUGAGGACACAGACGCUUCUACUGAGCCAUCUGAGGGAGCACCAGCAGACAGUGAACGCUUUGAGGACACACAAACUUCCAUUGUGCUACCCGAGGGAGCACAAGAAGACUGUCAGCAGUUUCAAGAUGCACACUUUUCCACAGUCUCGACAAAAGACAAGUCAACACAGUGGGAGCAAAUUGGCCACAAUGACCACACCUAUUCCCAAUCUGGGCUGCAAUACAGUUUAGGAAAGCAGCAAGGCUUGUCAUCAAGCUUGACAAAAGAAGACUGUGAAUUCUAUACAGGAAUCUCAAAACCCGUCUUUGACAGCUUAGUCAAAGCUGUAAAAAUUGAAAGCAGCAAGAAAUUCCUAAGACUCUCAGUCGAGGACCAACUGCUACUGAUCUUAAUGAGAAUGCGUCUUGGCCUGCUUUACGGACACUUGUCAAGAAUAUUUGGAAUUUCCGUUUCAUACGUGCACAAGCUGUUCAUGCACACCCUGUCUGUGUUGCAGAAGGUUAUGAAGACAGUUGUGGUGUGGCUGCCACGAUCACUAAUCAGAAAUAGCAUGCCAGAAUCUUUUGCUGAGAAUGGUUAUGAGAAAACAACCUGCAUCAAAGACUGCUCCGAGGUCUUCCUUCAGCGGCCUAAGAAGCUGCUUGCUAGUCAAACCUACAGCAGCUAUAAAGCGCACAAUACAGUGAAGUUCCUUACUGCCAUUGCACCGAAUGGCUAUGUGAUGUUUGUGUCUCGUGCAUAUGGUGGAAGAGCUUCGGACCAAUAUAUAAUGGGUCACUGUGGCGUGGAAGACUUCCUAGGCUCAGGUGAUGAAGUGAUGGCCGACCGAGGUUUUGUGCUGAGCCAAUAUCUUGACGUUCAAGGCGUCAAACUCAAUGUGCCUUCUUUCGCAAGAGGUAAGCGUUAAACUUACCUCUCUUGUUUUCCAAACUUCACUAAUCUGUUUGUUUUACCUGCUGUUUCUUUACAGGUAAAUCCCAGCUCAGUGAAAGUGAAGUAACUCAAACAAGGAGAAUUGCGUCUGUGCGCAUACACGUUGAAAGGACCAUAAACAGAAUGAAGACAUUUAGAAUAUUCAAGCAAGCCCUGCCAAUACGAUCAAAG